AAUGGUUUUGGUGCAACAAAAGUAAAAAAAAAAAAAAUGAGAAGAGGGAGGUUCUGAAGGAGACAAAAGGAGAGCAUUUCUCUGUAACCACAGGGUUCAUAUGGCGCGUUUAUGCCUCUCUUCAUGUCUCAGUCCUCCAGGCCUUGAUAAUGAGCGCAGUGGCUCUGCUGUGUCUUUACAGAGCCAAGAACUUCGCUCGUCUGGGAUGUCUGUGGGGGAUGUGACGGUGCUCCCAUCCGGCUCCCUGAGCCAGGGGCAGCGUUCGCUGACAAGGCUCUACUGUCAGAAUGGAGGGCAUCACCUGAGGAUUUUGUCCGAUGGGACGGUGAAUGGUGGGAGGCAGGAAAAUGACACUUAUGAAAUCCUGAGACUGAAGGCGGUGAGAGUGGGAGUGGUGGUGAUCAAAGGGGAGAUGACAGGAAGGUAUCUGGCCAUGAACAAAAACGGAAACCUUUAUGGAUCACAAGCACUAAAUGAUGAGUGCUACUUUUUGGAAAAAUAUGAAGAGAACAACUACAACACAUACUGCUCCCAGAAAUACAGCUGGUAUGUUGCUUUAAAGAGGAACGGCCAGCCUAAAAGAGGACCGGACACCCACCAGGGUCAGAAGGCCAUUUGCUUCCUGCCCAGACCCACAGGCAGCGGGUAAACAGAGAAGAACCACGGAAAAGCACCCAGCUAAUCUGAGAAUAGUACACCUGGUAGACUAAGCUGCGCUGGACUGAGUAUCGUAAACAUGACUUUGACAGAGCUUUUGCUAUAAAGACCUGAUAAAGUUGUUUGAACUGUCCGCUCAGCCUAACGACCCAAAUAUUUAUUCCUCCACUGCAACGGACGGAAAAAAUAUUUUCUAUAUAAACUUAAGAGCUGAUAUCAGAAACAUUCUCCGGUUUAUGAGCACAAAGACUCCCUUUUUGACUUUGGCCAACAGUGUUAUCAGGCUGCAGUGCAUGUCUCCACAGCAAAACAAGAAUCCACUGUGAGCUCCCUGGCUUGAAACUAAAAUCCUAGAGGAGAGAAAUGUGCAGCUUGCUCUAAAAUAAAUUAUUUAAAAAAUAAUUUAAAUACUUCUUGGAGUCCUUAUACAUUCUGUCUAAGCAUUCGGUCCGAGCUUUUGGAAUAGAAAACAGACCCAUAGUUAACAGAAAGCCUCUGUUUAAUGCAUACGCAUCAUUUGACGCCAAGGUCAGAAAUCCAACCUCUGAGGGCUGCAUUUAGGAUAAUAACUUUUAUAAAAGAGGUGCGGGCAAAGCUGCUGGUCCAAAUGUGGCCUGAUAAUGUAAAAAAUGUUUUACUGUGA